AUGAGUGCUGCAGGGUCGCCUGAGCGCGAAAAUUCUGCACCUCAGCCGGAGGAGCCUGUCAAAUCAAUUGAGGAGGAUGGCGCGGUCACGGAAGAUCAAUGGCAAGGAAUGGGGGACAUGCUCAUGGCCAUUUAUGAGUUUCGCGAGCCCGAUGGACAUGACCCUUCCCGACUCUUUCACCGCAGUGUAAACAAGCGCAUUGUUCCUGAUUAUUACGAUAUCAUCAAGGAGCCCAUGGCCCUCAGUAUCAUCAAAGCCCGGAUCAAUAAGCGCGAAUACAAGCACAUCACCAACUUUGUGCGCGAUUUUGCUCUGAUUCCCCACAAUGCGCAGACUUACAAUCGGCCCAAAUCGCAAGCGUAUGAAGAUGCACUUGUGAUCAAGGAUGUCAUCGUCGCGGAAUUGAAGAAGCUGGUUGAGAGGGGACUCCUCACUGCCGAGGAAGCUCAACUGCCGGAUCUUGGCGAGAUUCCCGAAGCCGACCCGCUCCCCGAGGAGGAUGACGAGGACGAAGAAGAUGAUGAGGAUGAUGAGGAUGACUCGGACGAUGAGCGGCGGAAGAAGAAGCCAGGACCGAAGCCGGGGUUCAAGCGCGGCUAUCAGAAGAACGAGCCCGAGUCUCGCAAGAAGCGCGGGCGCCCUCCCCGUGUGGACACGCCCAUGGAGACACGGAUCAAGACUAUCCUCAAGGGCAUUCGCAAGUUCAAGGGGCCCGGGGGCCAGUUGAAAAUCUCCCAUUUUGAACGGCUGCCCGACAAGAUGUCGUACCCGGACUACUACAUGGAGAUCAAAGAGCCCAUCGCGAUUGACAUCAUCAAGCGCAAGGCCAAGCGCAAGAAGUACAACUCGGUCGACCACUUUAUGCGGGAUCUCGACCUCAUGUUCAACAAUGCCCGGGCAUACAACCAAUCCGAGUCGCAGAUCUACAAGGACGCUGUUGAUCUCCAAAUUGAGGCGCGCAAGCUGGCGGAGCAAGAGAAGAAGAAGCCUGACAGUGAGUAUCUGAUGGAGGACGGUCGAUUCCCCUUGCCGGAUGGAAUCUUGUACCGGAAUGAGCUGUGGAAGGUUGGCGACUGGGUUCACAUCCAGAAUCCCAAUGAUGUGUCCAAGCCGAUUGUCGCACAGAUCUAUCGGACGUGGCAAGAUUCCGAGGACCAGAAAUGGAUCAAUGCCUGCUGGUACUACCGGCCCGAGCAGACAGUCCACCAUUUUGAGAAGCAUUUUUACCCCAACGAAGUGGUCAAGACCGGUCAGUAUCGUGAUCACCGGGUCGAGGAGAUUGUGGAUCGUUGUUUCGUCAUGUUCUUCACUCGGUACAGUCGCGGCCGCCCUCGCGACCUGCCCCCGGACAAGGAGAUCUAUGUCUGUGAGGCACGAUACAACGAAGAGAAACACAAGCUCAACAAGAUCAAGACGUGGGCUAGUUGCUUGCCGGAUGAAGUGCGUGAGAAGGAUUAUGAGAUGGAUCUGUUCGAUGUGCCACGCAAGAUCCGAAAGGUUCCGAGUCCGAUCAAGCAUUUGCUCAAGAGUGAUGCCAAAGAAACAGACGACUUGCCUCGGCCAACUUGGGGUGCCGACAAUGCGCCUCCCAUGGUGGGUGCAGUGCAUCGUCGGCCCCGCGAUGAAAAUGAAUCCCCUCCUCCAGAGCCAACCCCUUCACCUCCUCCCCAACCACCAACUCUUCCACCUCAAGCUAUGUCCACCGCCACUCCUCGUGCAUCCAUGAGUCAACAACCCAUGGCGACUCCCAACAUGAUGGGCUCCGUUGGACCUGGAGUUCCUCCUCAGAUUUCUACUCCAGUGCCUGCUGCUCCAGUGAUGCAGACUUCGCCGGUACCGACAGCCCAGCCGGCCUACCAACCUGCCAUGAACCCGCAAAUGUAUCAAGGACCAAAUCAGCGGCGUCCAAGCACUUUUAUGCCUCCAGCACCCGUUGCAGCUGCAGGUUAUCAUGGCUCACCUGCGGCACCGCAAUAUGCAGUCCAGCAACCCGCCCACUUCAGCGGCCACAACUUCCCUCCAGCCCGGACGCAAUCCGUCUCAGCACCUCAACCAGCACCGCUCCCUCCACCACCACAGCCUGCCCCCGUAUACAACCCCAACGCACCCCGACCAGUUGAGGUCUACCACCUCAACGAUGCGGCCAACAAUGCCAUCCCACCCGAGACCAAACUCAGCCACUCUCUCAAAUAUCUUGCCGCCAAAGAAGAGCGACGAAAGAAAGUUACCGAGUACAAGCGCAAAUUCCUCGAAGAAAAGGCCCAACAAGAAGAAAGCCGCAAGCGCCAGCGCGCAGAUGAAGAAGACACUCUGGCUCGUCAGGUCGAAACUCUUCUUCCACGAGCCCUCUUGAGGCUGACGGACGAGAUGGCUGCCGGUACGGCUCAAUUGUACAAGGAUCUGUACGGCGACAGGGCAGAUCUAGUCCACGAAGCAAACGAGCUCAAACGCCAGCUGGAAGUCCAGAAGCACCUUGAGAACCAGAAACGCAUUUCCCAGAUGAAUGCGGAAACAAAGGAUGAAGGAUAUGUCAGUUUGAAGAAGAGUGGAUUGUACCUUGGGGAUUGA